CCCUCCCCGCCCCGGCGGCGCGGGCACCUGCGAGCGUGGGCGCGGCCUUGGGGAGCGGCGGGCGGGACAGACAUAGCACCACCGCCCGCCGCCCCUGCGCCCCAGGCGCCCGCGUCUGCGCCUUCCCCGGGGCCUGGGCGGCAGCGGCGGGCAGUCGAUGGCCCGAGCGGCGGCAUGCGGCUUCUGUUCCUGGCGGUGCUGCGGCCGCACACCGGGAACGCGGUCACGGCGGAGCGCGUCCGGGUCCAUCUAGAGGCGGCGGGACACGUGUGCAUUCUGAAAGAUGCCUUUGACUUUGAAAGCCCGUCUGACAUCGCAAACCUCAUCACCUCCGAGAAGUGCGAGGCCGCCUUGGCCCUUCAUCUGUACCGGGGAGGCAGGCUCCUGCAAGGUCAUCGGAUCCCUUUUGGAGUCAUCUUUGGCGGGACUGAUUUAAAUGAAGACGUCAACCGGGGAGAAAAAAACAAAGUGAUGGGAAAAGUUCUCGAGGAAGCCAGGUUUGCAGUGGCUUUCACGGAGUCCAUGAAGGAGACGGCACACGUGCAGUGGCCACAUGCUAAGGGUAAGAUCUAUGUCCAGAGUCAAGGAAUUACGACAAUGCCAAAUGCGGCCUUUAACUGGAACACCUUUCUUGAAUGUGCAGAGAUCAACCAGAGCGCUGACACCUUGCACGUGUUCCUUCUCAUCUGUGGGCUUCGACAAGUCAAAGACCCUCUCUAUUUGGUGGACGCGUUCUCAGAGUGGCACCAAGAAGAGCCCAAUGUUUACCUGGUCAUCGUAGGUCCCGAAGUUGACCCGGUGUUUACUCGGGAAGUAAAAGCCAAAGUCCAAAGGGCCUCGGGGGUCCGGCAGAUCGGGGAGAUGCCCCAGGGGGACCUGCACGCGGCCGUGAAGAACUGCUUCGCCGUGGUGAACAGCUCCGUCUCGGAAGGCAUGUCCGCUGCCAUCCUGGAGGUAAUUACCGUGUAACUGGAGCACCCACGG